ACGCACGGGACAUGUUCGAGGCUCACUUCCUCAGUCACUACAGCCAGCAGAAACAAGUCGUAAACAUCAAUGAGCGCGUGAUUCCCGCCCAUCAACAAGAGAGUAAAACGUUUUGUAAGAUUGCUCUUGCCCCACCUCUUCUUCACUGACUUUGGGUGAAAGUAAACAGCUUGGCUCUACACACCUUAUCGCUCACAAGCAGGCGCGUAACCGCGUUGCGCUAUCCAUGGUAUCUAAACAAAAAACAAACCUCCCCCAGGCAAGAGCUGCAGCAGACGCGUUUGUGACAGGUUGUUCUCCAGUUAUGCGGGCGGACAACAGAAGGCCAAAGUCUUUCUGUCCACAGAGAAGACAAAAGGAUGACAUAUGAUCACCUGAACCGAUUGUUGGCACUUUACACGAUAUUCUGCGCCAUGCGGACGGCUUCAUUCGUCCAGGGCGCACGAGAUUUCGAUAAGAAAGUGUCUAUGCUGCUGAAUGAGGAGCCAGAAAACCCCAAGUGCUUUGCUGAAGGCAGGAAGGACUUCACGUGCUUCUGGGAGGAAGAUGAGGAGAGAGCUGGCUCUGUGGAUCAGUACUCCUUCACAUACACUUACCAAAAUGAAAACAGCAGCAGGUGCCCACUGAGGGCCCUCCGUACAGCUGGCGGGAAAAGGCUGUACAUCUGCCAUCUGAACCGAACCCAGAUGUUCGUUCAAAUGGACAUUCAAGUUCAUCGAGAGGCAAUACUGAUCCACAAUCGCAGUCUCCUCAUCGAGCUUGUCUUUCUUCUGGACCCUCCGGCUAACGUGACAGUGAGCAGCACAGGUCAGAAAGGUCAGCUGAAUGUCAGCUGGGUGCCACCUCCCCUCAAGUACAUGGACGACAGCAUGAUGUACGAGGUCAGCUACGCUACAGUGGACAGCCACGUGGAGCAGGUAGAGGUGGCACGUGCCAGCUCUGAGUUGAUCUUGAGUGGUCUGCAGCCAAGUACAAAGUACAAGGUACGGGUGCGUGUAAAGCUAGACGGGAUUAGCUACAAUGGCUAUUGGAGUGCCUGGAGUUACCCGGUGGUCAUGGAAACACUGCCUGCAGAACUCAAUCCACUCAUCGUGUCCUUGACUCUCAUCAUCUCUUUCAUCCUUGUUGUGCUGUCUCUCACUGUGCUCAUGUCGAAUCGCAGGUUUAUUGUAAAAAAGAUUUGGCCAACUAUUCCAACUCCUGACAGCAAGUUCCAAGGCCUUUUUACUGUUUAUGGUGGGGACUUUCAGGAGUGGUUAGGGCAGACCAACGGAGGCCUGUGGUUGAGUCCAGCUUUCUUCUACUCAGAAGAAUGCCCCUCUUCUCUGGAAGUCCUUGCGGAGCUCAGCCUGAGCCCCUCACUGCCCUCCCCGCCUCUGCCACCCAAGGCCUCUAGAGCUUUAACUGCAGGCAGAAAAGAGGACAAGGAUGUGAAGAAGGGGCUGGAUGAAAGACCGCAGCUGGAAAGGGAAGAUUCAGCUCCGACAGAGGAAUGGAGAGCCACGCCACAGGACCACUGGCUGAUGGACCGCUUACGGGCACUCCACCAGCUACCCGUCCCCUGCUCGCAGUCCUCUCUGUUGGAGUCUCAAGAUGCUUAUGUCACUCUUAGUGGCAACAACCACAGCGAGGAUGAGCACCUUGAUGACAAUCUUGAGGAGGCCUUACCCCUUGAGGUGCUUUUUGCCUCCAGAAAGACAGUGCUGUCUGAGUCUCACUCUGACCUAGGGUCCGUACAGCAGAGCUCUGGGUCAGGUCGCCUUUCAUCCCAGUCCAGCUUUGAGUACCCAAAUCACGCCUGGACAACGAAAGGCCCUGGGUACACCUACAUGGCAGUGGCAGACUCUGGGGUCUCUAUGGAUUAUAGCCCCAUGAGCAGAGUAGAUGACAUUGGGAAAAUGGUCAUCUACGCCAAUGAUUACAAGAACGAGAUCCCUGCUCAAAGAAGACCCUUCCUGCCAAGGCAGAACCCUGUCCACAAUGACUGCUGAGAAGGAGCUGAGCUGGACAGGCUACACAUGGACUGAGGAGGCUUGAAGCAGGCUCGGUGAAGGGUAUUUAGAUAUUCACCCAAGCUACAUGGCCUCUCAUCAACUGUUAAGAAAAGCAUACCAAGGAUUCGGGCACUGACUGACACCAAAGUCUAAGCUAAAGGACUCAGAACUAAGAGUCCACUGGAUGUACAUACAUCAUCUCAACUUUAUUCAAGUCAUCCCUGAUCUGUACAGGACAAUACCAUUACAUGGAAAUGGUAGCUGUGUGUGUGGUUCACACCAAAUACUGAUAUUCAGUGUAAAGGUCUCCAUGACGAUCUGUUAGUAUCCUACCCUGUAGAUCAGAUCAGGAAUUUUUCUUUAACUUCACCAAAAUUCAAGUUAAGGGAGUGAACUCCCUGAGUGUUUCCAGAGUGAUCUAUUCAUAUUUGAGCUAAGUGUACUCUUAUUUCUAAGCUUUAAUGACAGAAUGGCUAUGAGGUUAAAUUACACAGCAAACAUCCUGAAAGACUGAACAAUACAGACCCUGAUGUGUCUUAAAGCAUAAGGCUGCUGAUAGUCUAUAUUUUUCUUAUUUUCAUUCAAAUCCCAUGAAAAGACUAAAACUGACAAUGAAUUGAUCCUUCUUCAACUGUUACCUGUGUAUCUUAUAGCCUGAUAGAUGUUAUUCCUCUAUGCCGUAGAGCUCCACUAGUGUAGACUUAAGUCUACAGCCAUGCUGGGAGCCCUGUGAGGCUGUACAUAGGCACAGCAGUGCUUUGAGCUAAAUGCUAACAUCAGCAUGCUAAAAUGCUCACAGUGGCAAUGCUAAAGUUCAGCAGGUAUAAUGUUUACCAUCUGGGUUUGUUGUGUUAAUAUGCCAACAUUUGCCAAUUAGCACUACACACAAACUAUAGCUGAGGAAGAUGGGAAUGUUAUUAGUUUUGUUUGACUUCGUCCUGCAUCCAUGGGGACCAUGGAUGUCUGUACAAAAGUUUAUAUCAAUCCAUCCAUUUGUUGUUGAGAUAUUUCAGUCUGGACCAAAGUGGUGGACCAACCAACUAUCAUUGCCAUCCAUAGAUCCAUGUCACAAGCUAUGCUAAAAACUAUGAAAAACAUCUCAAAGACUCACAUUGUUGCACUGGGUGGCACGGUCCUUCAUUGCGAUGAACAUGGGCACUGUAGUUUAUUUUGAGUCAAAUUCAUUCACCAUUGUAGUGCUACAAAUAGUCACUAGUGCAUCAAAUAUAUAUUAAUCCAUGACUGAAAAUAGUCCUGAACAAAUGUACUAUUUACUCCUGUUUGAGUAACGUUAGCUGAACUCUACAGUGCCCAGCUGUUUUAGGAAAUUACUGAGUCUGUUUAAAAACUGAAACCAAGUACUUGUCAUCUUCAGUAGAAACAAAUGGGCUUGGUGAUAAGUGCCACAGACAGUGUAGGUAAGUCAGAAAGGAUUGAGAGACAGACUAACACAUUGUCAAUUUUGGUCUUUUAAUGGGAUUAGUUAACAAUAAAAAAUAUGUACAAUAUUUCCAGCCAUAUACUUUUAAAAAAACCCUCAAAUUUAAAUCACAAAGUGUUCACUUGAACCCCACAGCCAUUAUGUCAGUGUCAUUUCUAAAUCCGAAGAAACUCACUGUAUUUGUAAAUAAUAAUAUGAGGAAUUUUGUGUUUUAUCACAGUUGUUUCAGAGAACAUUCAAACUGGUAAGUUGUUGCCAUUUUCCAAACACAGUAUCCUGGAACAAAUGAAAUAAGAAUACUUCUACUGUAGGCUGUGCAGGAAGGUUUUAAGGCAGUAUUCAUUCUCAGGUAACUGUAGCUGUUAAUAAGUCUCUUUCUCGUCAUGUUGAAGUUAUUUUUAGUCACUACUGCCAUCCCAAGAGCAGAGCAUGUCUUAACCUUGACAUUUAUAGUCAUUGCAGUUCUGAAAUCAAACUGAACAUUUCCAUAUGUUUUUUCAUGUUUACUUUUGUGGCUUAAGUAUGAUUAAGUGCAUUAUAAUAGAAGUUUAUAAUUACAUUUAUUUACACUGUUGACUUAUAUUUUUAAAAUUUGUAUUGUGGCAGAGUAAGACACAAAAGGGAAACUGAUGUUUAAUGUGCUAUCUUUGUUAUCUCUCCACUCAAAUGGUGGAUAUCUCCUUCUUAGGAUGAAUAUUUUAGUGUGUAUUUCCUCAUUAGUAGCUUACUUAUGAGUUUUUCCCAUGUUUUUCAUUUUCAGAAACAUUUAAAAGAAUAUUUUCUUUUGAUAAUGACAUUGUUUAUUUUUAAAAAUUGACAUUUUCUAUAUUUUUUCAGAUUUAUGAAAUACUCUAAAUGUGAUAUCAGCCACAUGUCACACAUGUAUAUUGCUCCAGUGGUUCCCAACCUGAUGGGUCACAAGAUGAUUAAAGGGUAUAAGAAAGAAGAAAAAAAAGAACAACAUUAAUAUACCAUUCAAAACAUGUUUAUUAGAACUGUCUUUUUUGGAUUUCUUCUUGUGAAAUAAUUUUACUUAUACUGAAUAGUUACUUUAUGGUUUUACUUCUUCAGGUCUCUAAAAAUAUUUAAAUCAAUUCAAUCUACAAUCUGAGAAGGACAAAAAUCACCUUUUGGUUUAACUGUUUAAAACUUAAAAGGUACAAACAACUUGUGAUAAAUGGCCACAAGUAGACUUCACUUUGAUUUAAAGGGGUCCCAUUUGGGAGGGAACCAUUGUUCAGUUUAAGAUGAUCACAUUCUUCAAGGUCUAUGUACAUUUGGUCAGUGUAAUAUUUUAUUCUUAUGUUUGAGUAACUUUAUGUCAUUUAAAAUUUAAACUCAUUAAAUGUCAUACAUGUACAAUGA